GUACUCAAAAUAGACUAGAUUAAUCUAAGAUAACGUCACAAAUUGACGUUUUUGCAGAGGAGAUCUUAGUCGCGCAAUUUUACAUCUAAUUAAUAUUUGUUGCAGUAUUUGUCAAUGAAAACAAUUGCAUGAAAACGACUCGAUUCCCGUUGAAUGACAACAGACUUUAUUGAAGAGUCCCUACUGUUGACCAAUCACCGACGAAGUCCGAAACGAACAAAAACGUCACAAAAUGUCGUCAUAGGCAAAAAGCCUGAUAUGGACAGUGAUGGUGCAGAGAUGGCAGGAACAGUGGAAUAGAGAUUCUAAAGGGAGGCAUUUAUUUGAAGUACUGAGGAAAGUCAGGGAGGACGGCAGGAAGGGACAGAAGAGAGGAGGCUAAUAAGACCUUAAAUGUGAUUAUCACACUUUCCUAUUACCAGGAAACUGAAACCGUUGCGCAUGUAUUGCUACAGUGCGAGAGGCACAGAGCACGACUGCGUUCUUGUAGGAGGGAGAGGGGGAUACAGGAAAUUCGUUUAAAUAGUAUAUUGAGUAGAAUUUUAUAUAUAUAUUUAAUUGGAGCAACGGUGCAGGCAGGUAGGGUUUAGUUUAUCCCUGUCUCUGGCCCACACUCCAGUACAGUAAGUGGAGGUAAUGCACCAUUACGUUGGAUGCUAACCGCCGAUAAACCCCACCGAAGACGAAGAGGACGCACGCGGUCGCCUUUACAGGAAUAAUUUUGCAAUGAAUUCCAACAUAACGUCAACGGAUCCAUCGGACGACUGGGGUGACAUAAGCGAUGCAGAAUUACUCGAUGUACAGUCAGAGCAUCUCGGCCCUCCUGACCGGUCCAGUCCGACUCUCGGUGGGAAUGUUGGUGAUGGUCAGUCCCUUGAAACAACAGAGAAGAGGAUCGAUUACCUUAUUAAAAAAUGGCCUAACCUCGCUCCCCUGUUAGAGAGGGUGAAGAACCGGAGCGCUGCCUUGUCUGUCCCCAACCAGAGCCCAAUGGAGAGAUUUCUUAAACGUCACCUCAGCGUUACACAGCUAUGUGAGCAGUCUUGGUGUGAGAUCAAAAUGGCCUAUGGGUUCAUUAAGCCUAAAGUAAGGAUGCUAGAGAUGCAAAAGACAGAAGUGACAACUGGGGCCAGUAUUCAUCUCAUCAGAGAACUGGAGGUGAAACCAAAUGUUGUGACUGUGGUUACUGUUACCAGGGAGGACAGGGAGGCUCUGAAGCUAAUCAGUAUGCUACAGAUGGUCCCAGCUUUAGAGGCAGGCCAGCUUGUGCGGGAGUUCCCAGUGUUUGGUGUGUUGGAAGGGAUGUUCUUCAUGGGUGUGGUUGAUGAGCUGUAUCGUAGUGACUCUGGGGAACUGGUCCUGAGUGAACUGAAGACCCGCAGUCACAACUCUCUGCCCCGCCCAGCCCAGACCAAGGGCCACUCUCUACAGGUGGGUAUGUACAAGCUCUUGUUUGAUUCCAUGGUAAAGGGUUCUGCGACGAGGGACCAUCUCCUCCACAACCUUCAGCUGGAUCCUAAUCAGGUCCUUGGAUCAGACCUCCAGACCCACACCCAGUCACUGGGCCUCCAGGCAGUCACGUUCAGGGAGCUCCUGGACCACUUACUGGUCGUCCUUACCUGUUCUAACCUCCAUGCUAUCGACAAGCUACGCCUGGAGUAUAGCCACCAGAGCUCCGGAAAGCUCAUUGGGACCAGGGAGGUAGCGUUUGAGGAAGCCCAGCUUAGGACUAAGAUCAGGGGCUACCUGGCUUACUGGAGGGGCGAGAGGGUGCCCCAGGGAGUGGAAGUGGAGGAGGCCUGGAAGUGCAGGAUGUGUCCCUAUGAGGAGACCUGUGACUGGAGGAUGGAUAGAUCACAAAGGCUGAUGAUGGUGAAUAAGAGAGCCAAGUUGGAGUGUCCUAAGUCAGAUGAUCCCAAGCAAGAUGGUUUGAAUUUGAAUGGGUCGAAAUUGAAGUCAAAUACCGGUAGUUCUCCUGAAUGAAAUAGCCCUAAACAUACAGAACGCCAGGCAUGUCUCCUGUAAUGAUUUUCUGGGUGUAGUGUGAAUUUCAGGAAGGUUCUAUCUAUGUAUCAUUGAAAGUGUAAGCAAUAUUAAAGUCAGGUUUGUUUAGAGCUAAAGUGCCUUCAGAAAGUACACACCUCGACUUUUUCCACAUUCUGUUACAGCCUGAAUUUCAAAUGGAUUAAAUUGAGAUAUUGUGUCACUGAUCUAUGCACAAUACCCCAUAAUGCCAAAAAUUAAAAGCUGAAAUGUCUUGAGUCAAUAAGUAUUCAACCCUUUUGUUAUGGCAAGCCUAAAUAAAUUCAGGAGUAAACAUGUGCUUAAUAUGUUACAUAAGUUGCAUGGACUCACUCUGUACAAUAGUGUAUAACACGAAAUAUCUGUAAGGUCCCUCAGUCGAGCAGUGAAUUUCAAGCACAGAUUCAACCACAAAGACCAGGGAGGUUUUCUAAUAGUUCGCAAAGAAGGGCACCUAUUGUUAAUGGGUAAAAAAGAAAGAGCAGGCAUUGAAUAUCCAUUUGAGCAUGGUGCAGUUAUUAAUUACACUUUGGAUGGUGAAUCAAUACACCCAAUUACUGCAAAGCUACAGGCGCCCUUCCCAAUGCAGUUGUCGUAGAGGAAGGAAACCACUCAGGGAUUUCACCAUGAGGCCAAUGAUGACUUUAAAAGAGUUAGAGUUUAAUGACUGUGAUAGGAAAUAACUGAGGAUGGAUCAACAACAUUGUAGUUACACCACAAUACGAACCUAAAUGACAGAGUGAAAAGAAGGAAGCCUGUACAGAUUUAAAAUAUUCCAAAAUAUGCACCCUGUUUGUAAUAAGGCACUAAAGUAAUCCUGCAAGAAAUGUGGCAAAGAAAUUUACAUUUUGUCCAGAAUACAAAAAGUGCUAUGUUUGGGGUAAAUCCAACACAUCACUGAGUACCACUCUUCAUAUGUUCAAGCAUGUUGGUGGCUGCAUCAUGUUAUUGGUAUGCUUGUCAUUAGCAAGAACUAAGUGUAACAGUAUAACUUUACGUCGUCCCCUCGCCCCGACACGGGCGCGAACCAGGGACCCUCUGCACACAUCGACAACAGUCACCCACGAAGCGUCGUUACCCACCGCUCCACAAAAGCCGCGGCUCUUGCAGAGCAAGGGGCAACCCUACUUAAAGUCUCAGAGCAAGUGACGUAACUGAUUGAAAUGCUACUAGUGCGUACCCGCUAACUAGCUAGCCAUUUCACAUCCGUUACACUCACCCCCCUUUCAACCUCCUCCUUUUCCGCAUCAACCAGUGAUCCGGGUCAACAGCAUCAAUGUAACAGUAUAAACUUUACGUCGUCCCCUUGCCCCGACCCGGGCGCGAACCAACCAGGGACCUUCUGCACACCUCAGCAACUGACACCCACGAAGCGUCGUUACCCAUCGCUCCACAAAAGCCGCGGCUCUUGCAGAGCAAGGGGCAACCCUACUUAAAGUCUCAGAGUAAGUGACGUAACUGAUUGAAAUGCUACUAGCGCGUACCCGCUAACUAGCUAGCCAUUUCACAUCCGUUACAUAAGGAGUUUUUUAAGAUAAAAUAAAUGGAAUAGAGCUAAGCACAGGCAAAAUACUAGAGGAAAAUUUGGUUGUCUGCUUUCCAACAGACACCUUUCAGCAGGACAAUUACCUAAAACACAAGGACAAAUAUACACUGGAGUUGCUUACCAAGACAACAUUAAAUGUUCCUGAGUGUCCUAGUUACAGUUUUGACUUAAAUUGGCUUGAAAAGCUAUUGAAAGACUUGAAAAUGGCUGUUUAGCAAUGAUCAACAACCAAUUUAUCAGAGCUUGAAGAAUAAUUUUUAAAAAGUGUCUCUUAGAGACUUACCCAGAAAGUCUCACCGCUGUAAUUGCUGCCAAAGGCGAUUCUAGCAUGUAUUGACUCUGGGUUUCCAUUAAAUAAAAAAGUUUAAUGUCAAAGUGGAGAGAGCGAAAAAUCAAGAGUAUGUUGUGUAGAUCGUUUACAAAAAAAAUACUAUUAAAUAUGUUUUAAUCUCACUUUGUUACUUUAAAAUGUGGAAAAGGUCAAGGGGUGUGAAUGCUUUCUGAAGGCACUGUAAGUGGGCUACCUCAGCAGUUGCAAUAACUACUUAUAAGUGUAUAUUCCUUUUUAUAACUAUCGAAAUAUAUAUGUUCACUUUUUGUAAACUUUUUUUAUACUGGGCAAAAAUAUUUUGAAUACCAAAUGCAAUAAAUUUAAAGGAUGAAUGAGUGUCAUUUAGUAUGAGAUAUUUUCAAGGAAGCACAGAAUAAAAACAAACAUGAA